CACACAGAGAGAGAGAGAGCGAGAGAGAGAGAGAGAGACAGCUGGCGCGGCUUAGAUUAAUGUGACGCUCGGUAUGUUGCAGCAGCAGCCUAUUGCAGGCAACGGGCCCAACUCAGGCCGGGGGCUCGCGUUGACAGGUCACCCGGGAAUGCACGCCCUGAACUCGGUGCACCCUCCGCCACAACACCGGUCCGAUGGCGACGCGGGCCUCGAGGGAGCAGAAAACGGUCAUGAAAACAGACGAGACAUUGGGGACAUUUUGCAACAAAUCAUGACCAUCACCGACCAAAGUCUAGACGAAGCCCAGGCGAAAAAACAUGCCCUGAACUGUCACCGAAUGAAACCGGCUUUGUUCAGCGUGCUUUGUGAAAUUAAAGAGAAAACCGGUCUGUCCAUGCGAAACACGCAGGAGGAAGAGCCGCCGGACCCGCAGCUAGUCCGACUGGACAACAUGCUCCUGGCCGAGGGCGUGGCCGGCCCGGAGAAAGGAGGCGGGGCUGCCGCGGCCGUCUCUGCGGCGACCAGCUCGGGCGGUAUGUCUCCGGACAGCUCAUUGGAGCACUCGGACUACAAACAGAAGCUGAGCCAGAUUCGCACGAUUUACCACACCGAGCUGGAGAAAUAUGAGCAGGCGUGCAGCGAGUUCACGACUCACGUGAUGAACCUGCUACGUGAACAGUCGCGUACGCGGCCCGUGUCCCCGCGCGAGAUCGAGCGCAUGGUGGCCAUCAUCCACCGCAAGUUCAGCUCUAUCCAGACGCAGCUCAAACAAAGCACGUGCGAGGCCGUCAUGAUCCUCCGCUCCCGUUUCCUGGACGCCAGGCGCAAGAGACGCAACUUCAGCAAGCAGGCCACGGAGGUGCUGAACGAGUACUUCUACUCGCACCUGUCUAACCCUUAUCCUAGCGAGGAGGCCAAAGAGGAGCUCGCCAAACAGUGCGGCAUCACCGUCUCUCAGGUGUCGAACUGGUUUGGCAACAAGAGGAUCCGCUACAAGAAAAACAUCGGCAAGUUCCAGGAAGAGGCCAACCUUUACGCCAUGAAGACGGCCAUGGGGGCGACGCAGCGAGAGGGGUCGCCCCAUACCCCCAACUCCACCGGCUCAGGGUCCUUCUCGCUCUCAGGGUCAGCUGAUCUCUUCCUUGGAGUUCCUCCAGUGAAUGGAGAGCAGCCUGGCUACCACAUGGGGGCUCAGGACUCGCGCUUUUCAGAAAGACUCUAUAGUCCCAGAGAGAGCCGGACUAACGGGACCUGGCAGGAACAGAACACGCCUCCCUCUCCACCUGGAAGCGAGGGCUCUGACGAUUCGGACUGAUGGCCGCCGCUGUUCGAGAGAUGAGGACAAAGGAGAAAACGGAAAGAACGAUGGUCAUUAUUCUGCCAAAGUGCAGUGUGUUUAGUUUAGUUUUUUUUUUUUUUAUUUUGUAUUUUAUUUUUUUUUUUAAAGUAUCUGGAAAGCGUGUGCACAAGAGAGAUGGAGGAAAUGGCUUUUAUUUAGGCUCAUGUACUCGGCCGUUUGUUUUUAUUUUAUGGUUUUUAUUUUAUAUAUAUAUAUAUAUAUAUAUAUAUAUAUAUAUAUAUAUAUAUUUAUAUAUAUAUAUAUAUAUAUAUAAAAUAAUUUUCCAUCACUACUUCCACUACACGUUAUUGCAAUAUUUAGGUUCUGAAGAAGGAAGGGAAGCUGCAUUGUAAGCUGCAUUAAGUCUGCUUUUGUUUAUAACUAUAGUGCUAUUGUUACUGUUAUCACUGCUAUUCUAACCCUAUAUUGUUUCUUUUGAAGCUCAGAUAGAGAACUGAACAUGAAUUGGCAUGGCUGAAAGGGGCAAUAGAGAAUAAUCCAAAGAUCGUUUUGUCUUCUGUUGUUAUUUUGUGUGUGUGUGUGUGUGUGUGUGUGUGUGUUUUCUCUUUUUUACUGUCUUCUGAAUGGGGUGCGUUUGGCGUCUUUAUUUACGGUGUGAAUGCGUAUAUCAACAGUGCUGUCUUUCUCUGUACAGUGAAACACCUGUAUUCUCUACCUCUUUUACAAUAAAGACUGUUUGUGUACACAUUCAGCCACACCGCCA